AAAUAUAUAUAUAUGUAUUUAGAUAAAAAUACGUGCCAAUCUACUUGUGAAUAUUUAUAAAAUUUACGAAUAUUUGGUUAGUAAACUGAUCAGACUGAUCAAAUCGAUUCAUCAUGCGGAAUACAGGUAAUAGAAGUGACAGAAAUCGACUUUCGUGGAUCUACAAAAGAAAGAAAAAAUUAGGAAAAGUAACAAAAAAGUCAACAGCAACUGAGAAUCAAGAUAAAAAUGAUAAGGAGAAAGCUCGAAUUAUUGUUCGCAAUAUAUCAUUUAAAGCAACCAAAGAAGAUGUGCAAAAGUUAUAUCGACCGUUUGGGGAAAUAUUGGAAAUAAAUUUCCCAAAACGUGCAGAUGAUACACCAGUUGGUUGUUGUUUCGUCCAAUUUAAAAGGCUAGAAGAUGCAUCAAAGGCAAUAGUCAACACAAAUAAAAAGGAAUUUCUUGGUAGAGUGAUAAAUAGUAGUUGGGCUGUUUCAAAAUCUAAAUACUGUGAGAAAUUAAAGCAAGAAUCUGAGGACUUGGAAAACAGUAGUGAACGUGAUGCAAGGGAAGCUCCAGAAAAAGAUGAAGAUGAAGAAGAUACAAAUACAAAUUUAGAAGAGCAUCAAAUAACAAUUAAGCCAGAGAAAGAUCCAAUAAAAGAGGAAUCAACGUUACAGAGAAAGAAAGAAAGAAGGAGAUUAUUGAAGGAACAGAACAGAAAGAAGAGGGCAAGAAUUGUUGUAAGAAAUUUAUCAUUCCAGGUGACGGAAGAGAACUUGAAAGAACAUUUCUCACAAUAUGGAACCAUAGAGGAGGUAACAAUUUUGAAAAGAAGUGAUGGUAAAAAUGUCGGAUGUGCGUUUGUACAGUUCGAACUAGUGCAGAGCGCAGCUAAAGCCAUACAUCAUGCGAAUAUACAACCACUUCUCGACAGACCCAUAGUAGUCGAUUGGGCCUUACCCAAAAAUAAAUUUUCCCAAAACAAUUCAGAAAAUACAGAUCAAGAUGAAGUUAAAGUGAAAGUGGAGAAAGAAGAAGAUACAGAAGAUGCAGAUAAUGUGCAUCAAGUUAAUUCGAAUGGAGAGUCAGGUGGUGAAGAAGAGAAACAUGACGUUAUCACAGACAAUGAUGUGGACUCUGAUAAAAAUUCAGAAGUUAUUGAAAUGGACAUGAAAAAUUCAGAUGAAGUUUUAUCUGAAGAUGAAGCUGAGGAUGAAAAAGAAGAAAAAGACGUGAAACGCCCACGAUUCGAAUCCCACGAUGUUUCUGAAGGAAAAACUGUGUUUUUAAAGAACGUACCAUUCUCCGUGAAGAAUGACGAAUUAAAGGAGUACAUGGAACAACGAUUUGGACCCGUACAUUAUGCUCUCGUAUGCAUUGAUCCGUUGACUGAAUUUUCAAAGGGCACUGCAUUUGUUAAAUUUAAGACUGUCGAGGAUGCUGAGAAGUGUUUGUCAGCAGGAAAUGAACUCGAAAUGGAUGAUCAAAUACUCGAGGCGCACAGAGCAUUAGACAGAAACGAAGUUGAGAAUAAAGCAAACUUAAAACAGCGUAAUAAACAAAAAGACAACAGGAAUUUAUAUCUAGUGAAAGAAGGAGUUGUCUUAGCCGGAGGUCCAGCAGCCGUCGGAGUUUCGUCAGCGGAUAUGGCAAAACGAUUGCAAAUAGAGCAGUGGAAAUCACAGAUAUUGCGGAACCUAAAUAUGUUCGUCUCCAGGACGCGACUCGUUGUUCACAAUUUACCACCGACAGUGGACGAUGUCAAACUUAGAAAAAUUUUUCAACGUCAUUGUCUACCUACCGCAGUUAUUAGAGAGGCACGUGUUAUGAGAGAUUUAAAGAACGUGGAUAUUAAAGGGGUAGGAAAAUCUAAGGAGUAUGGAUUUGUAUCAUUUACGACGCACGAGGAUGCGCUCCAUGCUUUGAGAACUAUAAACAACAACCCAAGUAUAUUCACUCCUAAAAGGAGACCAAUCAUAUCUUUCUCGAUAGAAAAUCGAGUCAUGGUGAAUGCCAGGCAAAAGCGACUUGAAAAAAGUCGCGAGAAUAAUCCUCUUUGGGUAGGAAAUAAAGUAAAGAGGAAAAUGGAAAACUCGAAUGCAGACGUUUUAGCAAAGAAACGAUUAAAAAAUGAAGCGGAUGAGGCCAAUACAAAAUCGUAUACAGGAAUGAUCGGAAAACCAGGUGAAACUAAGUUGCGUUCAAAACACAAUUUAAAGACUCAAGCGGUCGUGCACAAUCAAACUGUAAAGAAAGAGAAGAAAAAGAAAAAGACUUCCAAAAAGUUAGAUAUAAAAAAGAAGCAAAAGAUCGCUGACCGAAAAGAAGUUAAAGUAAGCACUUUUAAAAUCUUGUUAAUACUAUCAAUUUUUUAAUCGUAUAUUUUUCAUCU